AUGUCUCUACCAAUUCAAUCAGAUAAAUUAGAUCAAUUUUACUCAUAUUCUAGUUCAAAUGUUAAUUAUGAAACAUAAAAAAAGUAUAGAAUUAUUUUCAUUAUUUUAGAAAAUUCUCUUAGCUUGAUUUUAAAAAUCUACUAAUCAAACUUUUAGGAUAGGAAGAAGUUGAAUAAUUUAAAUUAGAAUAAUAGUUAAGCUUGAAUGAUUAACAUCAUAAUUAAGAUUAAUAAGUUGUAUCUAUACCUAUUUAUUUUCAUCCGACCCUAUAUGGUAUUUCAAUUGAUAUUAUUUACAAAUAAAAUUAAAUAUGCAUUAAGAGCUACCUAACCAAAAUGGAUUUAUCACCUUUAUAUGCUUCUGACAAAGUAUUUUAUUAAAUUAAUAGAAUAUAAUCAAUCUCAUAAGUUUUUAUGCUCUUAAAUAGAAUGAUAAAUUACACAACGGUUCUUUAAGUAUUGACCCAUUUACAGGAUUAUUCCAAUUUAAAACAUUAGUUAAUAUCUCAUUCUAUGAACAAAUAAAUUUUAGUGAAAACUUUUUAGAAUGUUUAAGAUUCAAUAUUUAAGAACAUAAAGAAGUAAUGAAAGAUUAAAUUCCUUAUAUACUUUAUUAAAUGAACAAAAUAAAAUUUAAAUAAUUUUGUAAAUUUGUUAAACAAGAUUAAUUGUAAAAUAAACAGAAGUAAUUUGAUUAUUUAAAAGAAAUUUUUUAAAAGUAAUUUUAAAUGUUAAUUUAGGAAAUUGUUUAUUGAAAUGAGUGAUUAGGAGAAAUUAGAAUUCUUAGAUCAUCCUAAACCAAAAAGUUUACCAUUACUUACAGAAAUUUUAGUCUAAUCAAAUAUAGAAGAUCUGAAAACAUAAUUUAAAGAAUAGCCCUUUAUUAAAUCUGGAGGUUAUUCUGAGAUUAGAAAAAUUGAAUUAUGUAAACUUAAAUUUUAUAUUAGCAUAUAAUAUAAUUGACUAUAAAUAAACAAUUUGUCGUUCUCUUGCAGUAAAAACAAAUAAAAUAGUCAAUUAUGAGAAAAAUAAUUAAAAUAAAGUUAAAAAGGAACUUGAGAUUCUAAAGCAAUUGAGUAAAACAACCAAAAAAGCCACAGGGGAAGGAAAUAUAGUUACAUGUUACUAUGAUUAAAAAUUAGAAAAUGAUUGUUAUUUCAUGGAGUUUUACAAUAAUGGUUCAUUGGAAUAAUAUGCUAGUUCUAGGUCAAUAGUUUUAAGUUUGAGAACAAAAUUGUUUAUUUUAGCUGGAAUCAUUAAUGGAAUAGAUUUUCUUCAUCUUAAUGGAAUAGCUCAUUUGGAUUUAAAAUUGGGAAAUAUUUUAAUUUAAAAAUAAUUGAUUCCUAAAAUAUGUGAUUUUGGAGAAGCUAAAUCAUUUGAAGAAUUGAAUCAAAAUAAAAUGAACUUUUCUCGUACUUUGCCUUAUGCAGCUCCAGAAUUAUAUAAUGAUUAUAAGAUAUCUCCUGCUUUUGAUAUCUUUUCUUUUGGCAUACUAAUGUGUAAUUUGAUUUUUGAAUAAUAACCUUUUGUAAUAAUUAAAUCUAUGAUAGAAUUAUAACCCUGACGAUUUAUCUAAUCUAGAAUAGAGAUUCAAAUCAAACACAUACGCUAUUAAAUAGAAUUUGUUUAGACAAAUCAAAUAAGGCCCAAAAAAAAUAAUGAAAAUGAUACUUCAUUUAAUUGUUCUUUGUCUUUAACCAGAUCCAGAAAUAAGACCAAAACCAAAGUGGAUAUUAUCUAUAUUAUGGAAAAUAAUAAGUUUUAUAGAUAACUUUUGA